AAUCCGGGCGCAGCCGAACCUUUACCGGGGCGAGACGAACCGAGUCGAGCGAAGCCGAACUGAGCCGAGCCCCCAACGAGCUGACCCGAGUGACCACGAAUCCAGCCGAGCCCUCCCAGAGCCGAGCGUAACCGAACCUAACCAAGCCCCCACGAAGCACCGCCGAGCACAGCCGAAUACAGCCGAGCCCCCACCGACACAACCCGAACCCUCACCGAGCCGAGCGCAGCCGAAGUCAACCGAGCGGAUCCGAGUGCACCCGAGCGGCCCCGAAUCCAGCCGAGGGAUUUUGGCCAUGACAGAGGUGACCAAGCGCAUCCUGGUGACAGGUGGCACUGGCUUGGUGGGCAGAGCCAUCGAGAAGGUGGUGGCCGAUGGAGAGGGGCGGCCAGACGAGGAGUGGAUCUUUGUGUCCUCCCGAGACGCCGACUUGACGAGCAGCUCUGAGACCAAAGCCCUGUUUGAGAGGCACAAGCCCACCCAUGUCAUCCACCUGGCUGCCAUGGUCGGAGGCCUCUUCAAAAACAUCCGCUCCAACCUGGAUUUUUGGAGGACAAACAUCCACAUCAACGACAACGUCCUGCACUCAGCCCAUGAGUCAGGGGUGCAGAAGGUGGUCUCCUGCCUCUCCACCUGCAUCUUCCCAGACAAGACCACCUACCCCAUCGAUGAGACCAUGAUCCACAAUGGGCCGCCUCACAGCUCCAACUUUGGCUACUCCUAUGCCAAGAGGAUGAUUGAUGUCCAAAAUAGGGGUUAUUCCGAGCAGCACGGCCGACGUUUCACCGCCGUCAUUCCCACCAACGUCUUCGGGCCACACGACAACUUCAACAUCGAGGACGGCCACGUCCUGCCAGGGCUCAUCCACAAGGUCUACCUGGCCAAACAGUCCGGCUCUGCUCUGACCGUCUGGGGAACAGGCAAGCCCAGGAGACAGUUCAUCUAUUCCCUGGACCUGGCCCGGCUUUUCCUUUGGGUCCUGCGGGAAUACGAUGAGGUGGAACCAAUAAUUCUGUCAGUGGGAGAAGAAGAUGAAGUCUCCAUCCGGGAGGCAGCAGAGGCCAUCGCAGAGGCCAUGGAAUUCAGGGGAGAGCUCGUUUUUGACACCACCAAGUCUGAUGGGCAGUUCAAGAAGACAGCCAGCAAUGCCAAGCUCCGGCGGUACCUGCCCGAAUUCCAGUUCACACCUUUCAGGAAAGCCGUGAAGGAAACCUGUACCUGGUUCAACGCCAACUAUGCCAACGCCAGGAAGUGACAGCACCGGCAUCACCUGGCACCGGGAUCAUCCUCUUCAACUCAGGGUUGUCCUUUGCUGGGGCAGAGGACGGGACUGGGGGUGACAGUGACAUUUCCAAAGUAAAAAUGGGAGCCUGGGGAGCAGCUCCCACAUUCCUGCCCCACUGCUGGGAGCGGCGCAGGACACCCAGGGCAGGGGGGAGGAAGGUUGGGGCAUCCCAAAAAGAUCCCAAAUCGAGUGGUAGGAGCCAACUGGAACCAUCUCUGUGGCUGUGUCCUAGAGGGUGGUGGCUCUAAGCUGUUAAUGAGCUACACUAAUUACCUGCAAUUAGGUGUAAUAAAGGGAAGGCAAUCAGGAUUCCAGGGCAUGGAAAUGGCAGCAGGGAAUUUGCUGCUGCUCUUGGCACAUGGGGAUGAUCCCACAGCCCCCCCAUCUCAGGAUAGGAAUGGGAAAGACUCCAGCUGUAAAUGUGGCAUUUAUUAAAAUAUAUGCAAAUAGCGUAA